AUGAACUACCCACCAUCUCAUAACGGUCAAUAUCCUCCGCAGUAUUUGCAACAACCGCAGCAGCUACUGUAUAGCAAUGCCGACUCAAACGCUUCGCCAUAUGAGUAUGGCAAGCCUGUCGCUUACCCUCAGACUAUAAUUUCGCCAUACUCGUCCUACGGACAAGCAUAUAAUAUAGAGCAGCAUCAACACCAACCACAAUCGCACCACCAACAGCAGCAGCCACAACAGCAGCCGCAACAGCAAUAUGUGAACCCAUCUGACGUGUUCCAUCAACCGCUUAUUCCUCCUGCCUCGUCAUCUCAACUUGCCCACGGCUCAACCCAAUAUGGUGCCCAACCCAUGGUUUCUGUUGCAGGCAACAGCAACCGUUCCCCAGCCGUCGCAACCGCCUCAACAUCUGCGCAAUCAACACCCGCGCAAUCAACACAAUCGGCAUAUCAGACAGCCCCAACUCCAAACUUGGGGAAUAAUGUCUUCAACCAGUACUCUCAGGUUGCUCUUCCAGCGCCUUCGGUUCCAAGUUCAAAUUCAGUAGCUGCCGCUCCUCCUGUGCCAUCCCCGAAACCCGCUCCUCCUCCGUCAUCAUCGAAACCUGCGACUCCUGUUCCAUCCUCGAGACCUGCUCCUCCCGUUCCGUCGGCAUCGAAACCCGCGCCUCCCGUGCAGGCGAAGAAACCCCUCCCUCAAGUCCUGGUCCCGGCUCCUUCACCGGAAGUCCAACAGAAAAUGCCGCGCCAGGGCUCUAAAAAGCAAGUGCAACGACAGAACGCUCAGCAACCCGUGCAAAAGCCAACAAAGCCGCCUAUAGAUUAUCAAGUUCUCUUGUUAAGCUUGGCAGAUGAGUAUUUAAAGGCAGCUUAUGGUCACGGGACCAUGGUCGCUUUAUCAAGGCGGGAGAUGGAAAUUGAGAAAUAUUACAAGCUUGUUGCGACAGGUCUUGGUUGCCUGGAGGCAGUAUUAAAGAAUUGGAGGCUACAACCGCGAAUGGAAGCCCUUGUAAGGUUGCGAUAUGCGCGCAUACUGUUUGAGGAGACGGAGAAUGAUCUUGAGGCAGAAACAGCCCUGAGCAAAGGGAAUCGCAUGUUAGAUCUCAAAUAUAGUAUGCAGCAUCUUCUGGCGCGGAUGCUACACAAGACCAACCCGAAAGCCUCAUUGAAGGCUGUCGAUGGUAUGAUACUGGAUGUCGAAGCAUACCGCCAUUCGGCUUGGGAGUAUGCUUUUCGCUUUCUUCGGGUGUCACUUUCGUUAUCAACACCGGCGCAUCAGGAUUCCGUCUCGGCGCUGCAACAUCUACAUAAGAUCUCGAAUAUGGCUAACCGACAAGGCGACAAAGCUGUCGCGGCCAUCUCGGCCGUGAUUGAAGCACUUGCUCAUCUGCAACAUGGAACAAGCUCCGAUGCAAUCGAACAGGCUCAGCGUGCAGUUGCAGUAGCAAGAAGCCAUCAACUCAACGAUGAGCUCCGUCAUAUACCGCAGCUCUCGACUCUGGUGCAAAUGGUUGAUAUUUGUUGCAGUCUCCUUGAAUACGACGUCAACCAGUCAUCUCAGAAAUUGAAGGUCAUGCAAGAUUUGAUGGACGAAAGAUUGAAUGAUCCCAAUUGGCGUGCUGAUGGCUCUUUCUCAAUUCCCUUGAGUGGAAGAUCAGCUGGACCCUCCUCCAUUGAUACGGGCGAUAUCCUUCAAGUUCAAAAUGGGACGCUCCUAUUGAGUUUCAAUUGGCUUCCCCAGCACGAUCUCUAUGCGCUUUGCUAUUUCCUCAGCUCGAUCACACUCAGCGCAAAGAACUCUUACGAUGGUCGUAAGGCUGAGAAAUUUCUCCAGGAAGGGAUACGAAUGGUUAAAGGGAGCUUCAAAGCACCGCAGGAAAUUGCAGAGUCAAUGGUCAGUGCAAAUAGACGCGUUGAUUGGCGACGGAUCCUGUAUUGCAAUCUUCUUCUGCAUCAGGUUUUUCUUGCCUGUGGUCGGACAGAUUGGGAUCUGGCGAAUCAGACACUAAAGGAGCUGCGCCCCAUUGCAGAGGAACUCGGGGAUCAGCUCCCUGACACCAUUCAGCGCUUGAUGGAGUAUGCAACGGGCGCACUUGCGCAGGCGACUGGUGAUCUGGAGGCCGCCCUUUCCAUUUUCCAGUCCCCUCUUCUCUCACUAUCAUCAAUCACCAGCAAGACAGCACGAAAUGAUCCUCGUCGCGAUAUCGCUAUCCUUGCCGCCUUAAAUACGAUUCUCAUACUCCGUGACCCCAGUCAUCCGUCUCACUCCAAUCUUCCCAGCGCUUUGGCCCUUGUCGAGUCAUUCUGUAAGGGUAGCCCGAACAAGUAUAUCCAGGCGGCGUAUUACCUUGUAUGUGCGACAGUGCAAACAGAGUCAACCAUCCAGACCAAACAGUAUCUUCAGCAGGCUCUUCAAUCUGCCACGGCAAUAAGCAACAGUCAAAUCACCUGCAUGACGCUGACGUUCAUGAGCUGGAAGUAUUUCCGCGGCGUGGUUGGGGAGCAAGCUGAAAAGAGCGCUCGCGCAGGCCGGGCAAUGGCAAAGAAGGCCAAUGACCGACUUUGGGUCAGCGUCACUGAUGAAAUGCUGGCAGAGACGUUGGAAAGGCAAGGGAAAAGUGAAGAGGCAGAGGGAGUUCGCGACGAGGGUCACCGCGUGAUGACCGGAUUGCCACCAGCUCUGAAACGACCUGUGUGA